CAUAUGGUUUCUGUUGGCUAGAUUGAAUUUCAAGAGCAAAGUUCUUUGUGUCGAAAUACGUGGAAAGUCAGAGUUCUCAAAUUUGACUAAAGUUUUCUCUUUAAUCAUUCAUCUCUGUGUCCAAACAGGCUUCAAAACAUAAAAGUUUCGGUACAUCUGGAAUCGUAAGCCGUAAAUACAGAUCUAUACAAUUAGAAGGGUGCACUGGCUUCCGGGUUUCCUAUUUGAGAAACAGAAAUUUUGAAGCCUGCCUUAGUGACGCGGAUACUGUAACUAAAGGUGAUGCUGAUUCCAGCAGAUUGCAGACAUGAAAGUCUUACCAAUACUUCUCUUUUUCACUAUUGAUGUAGCCGUUUUCAGAGUCAAUGAAGCCAUCAAUUGUGGUCAAACCUUUAUGUUUAAAACUGGUGUGAUAUCAUCUCCAAACUUUCCUGCCGAGCCACCGAGCAUGCUGAGACAAUGCAUAAAUACUAUUAAGGCUCAAAAUGGUCAAAGUAUCCAGUUGCAGUUUCUGGAAGUCACAGAUAUGCCUUACUACUUCUGUUAUGGUAGUAGAUUGAGUGUAUUUGAAGGGAACGCUGAAGCAGCAAGCUUUUGCUACGGCUUAAAGGAUCUACAUAGCACUUUUCUUUCAAGCGGGACAGAGAUUCGUUUAGUUUAUACAAGAAACAUAUUUUGGCCCACUUCCUUCAAAUUCCGACUACGGUACACAAUUAUUGAAGGUUUCAACAUGGUUUAUAAUAAUUCAGAAGGGGUUAUCUCAUCGCCAAAUUUGAUGAACAGCCUUCUGCCAAAGAACGAUAAUUAUACAUACAUUAUUACUGGUAGCAUUGGCACAAGGAUUCAUUUGGUCUUUUCUUUCAUGAAUCUUGGAGAAGCACCGUUUGAUCCAGCAAGGUGCUUAUUCAUAUAUGAAGGAUAUGUCAGUAAUCGUACCAUUGCUAAAACUCAAUGUGGGGAUGACACUGCUCAGUUUUUAUCAACAAACAAUGACUUGGUCCUGACAUAUGAAGCAAAAAGUGAUGGUAUGAUGAUUGAAAAUCCUGGUUUCCAAAUUUAUUACAGCAUCGGAGUACAAGGUUGUGAUCAGUUUUUUACGAGGCAGAAGGCUGAAAUACUCUCGCCGUUGUAUCCAAGUCCCUACCCAAGAAAUGCAAAUUGUGCUUACAAUAUCUCAUCGCAUGGAAACAAGCACAUUUAUAUAGAGUUUCUCACUGUCGAUCUGAAUCCUGGUGCCACACUUCAGAUUUUUGAGCGGAUGAAGUCAAAUGGGCAGCCGCAAUUAACAGCACUGAAUCCCCUGAAUAGAGUUUACCUUUCUGCUGGCAACAGUGUUGUAAUUGUUUUCAGGUCGGACAAUGGCCUUCCGAGUGGUGGAUUCAGGCUACAGUAUGUUAUACUAGAAGGUUGCAGUUUGAUCCUGAGGAGGCCCGCUUACAUUGCGUCUCCACUAUUCAGUUCAAGUUACCCAAAUGGUGUUGAAUGCAAUUAUACUUUCCAAUACCCUUCCACGAUGUUCCCUGUUCGGGCUCUCUUUAGUUUGAUUCAAUUGAAUAUAGAAUCCCAGCAAGAUUGCGAUGCCGAUAGCUUGUCGAUCUACGAGGGUUCAAGCAAGAACGACUUCCUUUUGGACAAGGUGUGUGGCAUUCGGUCUGGCAUAACAUACAUGGCUUCUGGCAGAGAGAUUUUUACUCAGUUUUUAUCCAAUGCAAACGUGACAACUAGAGGAUUUCUAGCUUAUUUCAGUGCAGUCAACAUCACCUGUAAUUCUUCCUACGACGCACCCGAAGGCAGCAUUCAAUCAGUCAAUUUUCCAAACCCUUACCCUAACAAGCUUAUUUGCACAACAAAAAUCCAAACAGAGUAUGGAAACAAAGUAAUGCUGGACUUCACAUACUUUGAGCUUGAGUCAAGCAUCAAUUGCACUAAAGACAGUCUCGAGAUUUACGAUGGAUCCAUUGCAGCUAAAAAUUUGAGAGCGAAGAGAUGCGGCAAUCAGCCUUGGUCAUACGUUUCUAAGACGGGAACAAUUUUUCUGAAGUUUCACUCCGAUCAGAAUGUUUCAAAAAGAGGAUAUAGCAUGCAUUACGAAACUUGCGGAGGAUUGUUUCAAUCUAGUUAUGAGCACAGGUUUCGCUCCCCGGGAUUUCCUCGCCCAUAUCCAAAUGAAUGCAACUGCAGAUACGAAGUUUAUGGACAACAUGGCUUUGGUGUUCGGCUGGUAUUCCUUAGGUUUUCUUUGGAAAAAAGUUUUAUGUGCAAGAACGACUACAUUAAAGUGUACGAAGGAAUCGUUUCAAAUAGAACAUUGCUUGCUACUAGAUGUGGAAAUAACAACAAGGAAGUUUUUGGUAAACCAGGCAAACUGAUUGUGAUAUUCAAGACAAAUAAACACUUGCCUGGCUUGGGUUUCAACAUCUAUGCCCAAGCUUGCAGCGUUCUUCUCACGGAAAAAUCUGGAACAUUGUAUUCACCAUAUUUUCCCUCGCGAUACCCACCAGGAAUCUUUUGCACUUACGCAAUACGGAUGCAAGAAGGAACCAGAAUAAAACUGCUUUUCAGUAACUUUACAAUUGAUACAAGAUACAACAUGCAACGGAAAGAUUGCCUCCAGGUUUACGAUGGUUUGAAUUCGAAAGCAUCAUUGGCUCGAAAUAUGUCUGGCACUAGCAGAACCGAGUUUUUAUCAAGUGGAAACUCAGUUUUUCUUGAAUUGAGGACUUUUUUUGUGGUUUGGAAUGUCUGGUCUGGCUUCAAAAUUCAGUACAGCGUGGAUCAAAGAGGACCCUGUGAUGUUCAAAGCCCUUGCAUGAAUAACGCUUCCUGUACCAAUACCCAAGGUGGGUCUUACAGAUGCAAAUGCCCUGCUUCUUUUAUUGGAAGAAACUGUUCCAUCAAGAUUCGUCCAUGUGACUCGAAUCCUUGUCCGAAGAACAGAAUCUGCAAAGAAGUUUACAGCGGUCCGGAUUUGCAGUAUUCUUGUGAAUGUGGCAACGGCCUGAGAGCUGGCAGCUGCAGAAAAAAUUCAAUGACUCUCACAAACGAAAACAAACUGGCCACAGUUAUCUCACCUUUGGUUAUAAUUUGCGUUGUGGCAGCAGUACUUAUUUUUUGUUCUUUAAAGACAAAAAACCGUAAAAAGCAAAAGAUUGAACCUAUUGAAUUAGAUGGAAAGAAGCCCGCUGGUCCAAGCGAAGAAAGAGAAAACACUCAAGAACCUAAAGAAGAAAAGGAAACGACGAAAGAUUUAGAUUGAGACAUGUUUCCCAGUUUGCUGUUACCAGUUUUUUCUCUCGAAAUAAUUCUCUGAUCUCUAAAUUAAUCUCUAAAUUAAAUUAAUCUAGAAAUAAACGAAAGUUCAUUAGCAUUUUUCGCUUGUCUGUCGUAUAUUUUAUCAAACAGUGCUAAACCUCAAAGAAAAAUCAAUCCCUUGCAUGAACUACUGUUUCCAGCUCAGGUUUGUUAGGGAGUACCUAAAAGAUGAUAAUUAUGCAGAUAUCAAAGUGACUUGAACUUGAUUUGCUCGAAAGAAGAAGCGUUUCGACUAGACUCCGCAGCUACAAUGCCUGCCAGAAGUUUUGGUAAACUAGUGUCAAUUUUCAAGGGCAAAUUCAGCUACCCCUCUCCCCCUUCGAACAAUGUUGGAUUACUACAAAACGACGUAGGAAGCACCUUUCUUCCUGCGACCGCUAUGAUCAGGCCCGUCACUAUAGGUGGUGCGUGGGGCGCGACGCCGACCUUGAAAAAUAAUUCUCUUGGAAAAACAAGGAGUUGCUUGGCGUCUAGGGGUGUUUACUCAGCAAAUUUCAAAACUUUUAGGCAAAUACAGGAUGGUUCACCCACUAUGUCGGCAAAUGGGACUUGGAAACUCCCCUUGAGCAAAAUAGCUAGCGACUGGCCUGACUAUGAUAAAUUGAGAAAUAUAAAUUCCCAACGCAUGUAGAUGGUUGUCCAAGUACUUUUCGCAAUGGUUGUACCUUUAUUGAAUCAUACAAUGAAGUACAUUUUGAUUUUAAUAGCUUCAUAGGACUAGAAAGGGAUGGUGCUAACCGAGUGCUAGAAGGCUGGAGCCCACGCCUGAAAAUCGAAAACAAAACACAUUGCUACUAGUCUAUGAUGAGAAUGAAUUGAGAAUUAUUUGUUCUUUAAUCCCUGCCUUAAUUCAAACCGCGUUUCAUUUUUGGCACUUAAAAGUUGUCCUGUCUUAAAGUCAUAAUCAAGCCAAAUAGAACUAUAAAGCAUAAUUAUGAUAGAAAAUAAAUAGAACUAUGGAGCAUAAUUAUUAAAGAAUGUUACCUUAUGAUUAAUGUU